UAUCUGACAGCCAUAUUGUAGAAAUUGCACCACAUUUUCCGACUUUUUGCUACUGUCCCCCUUCAACCAGCCAUGCCACCGAAGGCGAAAAAAGCAGAUGGCCCUGGAAAAAAGGCUGAACAAAAGAAGAAGGACAAGAUCGUUGAGGAUAAAACCUUUGGUCUGAAGAACAAGAAGGGCAGUAAGCAACAGAAGUUUAUCAAACAUGUAACACAACAGGUGCAGUAUGGAAACCAGAGUUCCAGGAAGUUGGAGGCUUUGCAGAAUGACAAGCUCAAGAAAAAGGAAGACAAGAAAAAGGAGCUGGAUGAAUUAAACCAGCUGUUCAGACCAGCUGUAAUUCAACAGAAAGUGUCUAAAGGUGCUGAUCCAAAGUCGGUGGUCUGUGCUUUUUACAAGCAGGGACAGUGUGGCAAAGGAGACAAGUGCAAGUUCUCCCAUGAUCUCAGCAAAGAGAGAAAAGGAGAGAAGAGGAGCAUGUACGAUGGUCAGGAUGAAAAGGCUGACAUGGAAACUUGGGAUGAGGCAAAAUUAGAGGAAGUCAUUGAAAAGAAACAUGGAGAGAAAAACAAAGGCUUACCUCCAACAUCGAUUAUUUGCAAAUAUUUCCUUGAAGCUGUUGAGAACAGCAAGUAUGGCUGGUUUUGGGAGUGUCCCAAUGGAGUGACCUGUCACUACAAGCAUGCGCUACCACCAGGUUUUGUGUUGAAGAAGGAUAGGAAGAAAGAAGAAAAGGAAGAUCAAAUCACAAUAGAGGAACUUGUAGAGAAGGAGAGAGCAGCCCUGGGGGAUAAUGUCACAAAGGUCACAUUAGAGACAUUCUUAGCUUGGAAGGAAAGGAAGAAAAAGGAAAAAGUAGAAAAGUUUAUGUCUGCCAAAGAGAAGAGAAAGGCAGAGUUUAAGGCAGGCAAGGCAUUUGGGGUCAGUGGCAGGGAGCUGUUUGAGUUCAACCCUGACAUGAUUGUGGAUGAUGAUGAAGCUACAGAUGAUGUGUAUGAGAGGAAUGAUGAGGAGGAGGUUGGAGAAGAGGAGGAGGCCUAUGAUGGUCCUGUGAAGGAGAUUGACAUGGAGGAGAUAUCCAGGGUGGGGUAUGACACCAGUAGUAAAGGAACAGAAGCCACGUCCAGAGAUAGGACAGGGGCACCUGUCACAUCACAAGAUGAUGAGGCCACAAAAUUAGCUCAAGCUGCUGCUUUACCCGAAACUAAUAGUAUGGAAAAGACUGAUCAUGCAAUAGCUGCAGCACUAUCUGCAACAGUCAAUGGAGACGUUUUAGCAGGGGAUGUGCCAAUAGAUGAAAACUUAUUCGAAGAGGAAGACUUGGAUCUACUAGAAGAAGAUUUAGAAACUUUGGAUCUGGAUCAGUGACAAAAGCAAGUCAGAAGACUUUCCACACAUACCAUGACGAGUGUAAUAUUGAUGUAGCACUUGACAGAUGAAGAGGAAUGGAAACCUUAAUUAUGAGGUUUCCCUUAACUUCCUUUAAGAUAAAUAAUGUUAAUAAAAAACUGUGGAAACAGAAAGCUUAUUUUGCUAGUACUUCCAUGCAAAAAUUGUUGACUUUUUUCCUGGCAUCAAGAUACGUUUAUACUAGUGUGCUAGUCGGCAGCGGCCAAAUGCAAACAGAGUAAUGGCAAUUAGUUCAGCAUUUGGUGGAGUUGUGAAGACUGAAAUCCUAUCAUUGCUAUUGUUGAAAUAAACCUUGAUUGAAGAUCAAUUUACCAAUAAAGUUCCAACUGUUUUGGCAGAGAGCUUUACUUCUUUUUUGGACAAUUUCAUGAAUUUCAAUUUUUUUUUCUGUAAAUAAGUGAUCUGCAAAUAUAAAACAAGGCAAUUUUUUAAGUUCUUGGCAUCUUUAUUUCUAGCACCAGUAAAUAAAAUUCUUAAUAUCUAAACUUAUCACUUGAAUAUCAAAAAUAUUAUGUUGCAAACUACAUCCACAAGAACCAUUUAUAAAACACUAAUUUGAAAAAAAAAAAA